UAGUGGUUUAGUAUACAUUAGUUGUAUACUUAAUCCGCUUGUUAGAUCGUUUAUUGUUUCCUUUUUGUAGUUAACGAUGAAAAAAAAAAUUUUAUUUAACAAGACUAUUGUUUUAAAAUUGCUGGUGAAGCUACAAGUACGAUGAUGAAAUAUUUAAUGAUUAUUGCCAUUGGGAUAAUUGAACUAGUAAAUGCUGAUAUCGAUUCGGCAUUUCGUGAAGCUGAAAUUAUUCCUGGUAUUUUAAUUAAUCCACCAGAUAACGAGUUAGAAGUAACGUACAGUUCAAAAAAAGUAAAUUUAGGCAACGAAUUAACGCCAACAGAAGCUAAAGAUAUACCCGAAAUUAAUUACAAACAUGAAAGUGAUGAUUUUUAUACUUUAAUAAUGACAGAUCCAGAUGUUCCAAGUCGCAGUAAUCCAUCAGUUCCUGCAUUCUACCAUUGGAUAGUCGUAAAUAUACCUGGUGGUAACAUCGAAAAAGGUCAAGUAAUAAUCGAUUAUAUUGGACCAGGACCGCCGAAAGAUUCAGGACUGCAUCGUUAUAUUCUGUUACUGUAUAAACAACCGGGAAAACUAUCCUUCGACAACGAACGACUUGUACCUAAUACCGAAGCAAAUGGACGAACUGGUCACUCAGUUCAAUCAUUUGCCGAUAAAUAUAAAUUCGAUGAUCCUAUUGCCGGUAAUUUUUUUGAGGCUUCUUACGACGAGUAUGUUCCUAUUCUACAUAAACAACUUGGACUUAUAUAACUCGCUACUGUAAAUUAGUAUUUUUAAUCAUCAAUCAGUAAUAAUUCCUGAUUUAUUCAGUGACUUAAUUUUUUACUAUUGAAUUUGUGAAAAUUCUUAUUUCUUCUCUUUUAAUAA